AUGCCGACGACGGCGGCGGUCGCGCGCGCGCGCCCGGCGGUCCAAACGGACCCUCGUCGCGCGGACGCGCGCGGGGUUCGUCGUCGCGCGGCCGCCCAACCCGUCUCAAGCCGCCACGUCGGCGGCCGCGUCCAAACACGAACGCCAUCUCGACCAUCGCGCGUCGCGGCCGCCGCCGCCGCCGCCGCCGCGCCGCCGGCGACGACCGAUCGCGACGUCGUCCUCAUCACCGGCGCGGCGAAGGGCAUCGGCGCCGCGUGCGCGACGCUCCUCGCGUCGCAGGGGUGGGCGGUCGCGAUCAACCAUCGCGCGUCGUCCAAACCCGACGCGGACGCGCUCGUGGCGUCCAUCCUCGCGUCCGGCGGCCACGCGGCCGCGUUCGAGGCGGACGUCUCCCAGGAACCGGACGUGUGCGCGAUGUUCGAGGCGGUCCGCGCGUGGGGCGCGCUCCGAGGCCUGGUGAACAACGCUGGCAUCUUGCGCGGACCCGACGGAAGCGCGUCCGUCGCGGACCUGAACGUCGCCGACGUCGAGGCGAUCGUCGCGACGAACGUCAUCGGUCCGAUGCUCUGCACGCGCGAGGCGAUGAAGCUGAUGUCCGCAAAGCUCAACGACGACGGGCGCGCGCGCGGCGGGUCGAUCGUGAACAUCAGCAGCGGCAGCGCGGUGAUCGGAAGGCCGUUGCUCUACGCGGCGAGCAAGGGCGCGUUGAAUUCGUUUCAAGCGGGCGCGGUGGACGAGCUCGCGUCGCACGGGAUUCGAAUUAACGCGGUGUCGCCCGGGAUGACGAACACGGACCUCGUCGCGGACGUCGUGCCGACGUUUGACUUUAGCAAGAUUCCGCUCGGGAGGAUCGGCGAGCCGGAAGAGAUCGCCGCGGGGGUCGCGUUCCUUUUGAACGAGACCGGAUCGUAUUGCAGCGGCGCGAACAUACGCAUGAGCGGGGGGAGGCCGCCCGGGACCUUCCUCGGGUGA